AUGCUUGAAAGUGGUUUGAAGUUUCAAAAGGCGUUCAAGAGGCUAGGGGAGAGAGAUAAAGAAUAUGCUCUAAUGCAAGGUGGUAUUCCGAGGAAUAUUGAUUGGGACAAUGCAAAACACUUUAUGAAAUUCUUGAAAAUUUUUCAUGAUGUUACAAAGAGUGUGUCUGGUAGUUUGCUUGUGACUUCUUCUCAAUAUUUUCAUGAGUUUUGUAAUAUUUUGCGAAUGUUCAAGGCUUCUUGUGGUAGUCGAGAUCCAUUACUUGGGAGUAUGGCUGAGAGGAUGAAGUUUAAGUAUGACAAGUACUGGGGUAACGUAAAAAAUAUCAAUAUGAUGAUUUUUGUUGCUGUGGUUCUUGAUCCUAGAUACAAGUUUAAGUUUGUGAACUUUUGCUUUGAAAAGCUAUAUGAUAAGGAUGAUGCUGAUUUUUUGGGUGCAAAAGUGAAAGAGACCUUCUCCAACAUGUUUAAAUGCUAUGUGAGUGCAAAUAAUGGGGGUAGAUCUUUUACUUCAGCAACAAUGGAUGGUGCAUCAGAUGUGGGAGUACCUGAUGGCGACAUGGCUGGUGAUUUUUUCAAGGAAGUGCAUUUUCAUGAGAUCAUCAACAAGAAUGAGGUGGAUUUGUAUUUGAUGGAUGGUUUAGAGAAGCCUCGUGAUCAAAAUACUUUUGACAUAUUGAAUUGGUGGAAGACAGUUGAGGCAUCGAUAUGCACACAAAAUUGGCUUCGUGCUUCUCCAAUGACAACUGAUUUUGAAGAGCUUAUUGAAGAGUUUGAGAAACUUGAAUUAAAAAUUGCACCAACCGGAGAAGAUGAGGAUGAGUCUGGUGUGGAUUCAGAUUAA